CUUUGCUGUGCUUCACUGACUACCCCCUAACCCCUCCCAAAGCCCUCAGCACCUGGGGCAGUUAACUCCAUACAAAUGCUGGCCUUAUUCGGGCUGCUUCACCCACCCAGGUAAGACGAAAGGCAUGAACAUGAGCAUGACCCGAGCCCCCUCCCAGUCCAGCCCUCUCCGGGGUCCCCGGGAUGCACCGGCCCCUGCUGACUCCGGCCCCUACUCUCACUCCUCGGCGCCCCCGUGGGGCCUCAGCUGUCUUCUGGCUCUGCAGCACCUGUUGGUCCUGCUAUCUGUCCUCUGUGCCUCCCACCUGCUCCUGCUUCGAAGUCUCUCCCCAGGAGGGCUCUCCUACCCCCCUGCCCAGCUCCUGGCCUCCAGCCUUUUUUCCUGUGGCGUGUCCACGGCCGUGCAAGCGUGCAUGGGCAGCAGGUUGCCUCUUGUCCAGGCUCCAUCCUUCGAGUUCCUCAUCCCCGCUCUGGUGAUGACCAGCCAGAAGCUUCCAGUGGCUAUUCGGACACCUGGGAACUCAUCCCUUGAGCUGCACCUUUGUGGGGGGCCUGGCUGCUCUGACUCAGAGUUCUGGGACACACCUCUCCGAGAGGCGUCUGGGGCAGUGGUACUGUCCGGGCUGCUGCAGGGGACGCUGGGGCUUCUGGGCGCUCCCGGGCAUGUGUUUGCCCACUGUGGGCCCCUGGUGCUGGCCCCUGGCCUGGUUGUGGCGGGGCUCUCUGCCCACAGGGAAGUGGCCCUAUUCUGCUCCACUCAUUGGGGCCUGGCCUCAUUGCUUAUCCUGCUCCUGGUGGUCUGUUCCCAGCAUCUGGGCUCCUGCCGACUAACCCCACACCCCUGGAGGCCACUGUCAGGCUCUUCCGCUCACAGCUCUGCCCCUGCCUUCCGGCUCCUCUCGGUGCUGAUCCCAAUGGCCUUUGUGUGGGUCCUCUCGUCCUCUCUUGGCCAUGGCGGCACCCCCCCAGAACUAUCUGCCCCCACCCCGGCUCCGUGGCUCUGGAUGCCUCACCCGGCGGGGUGGGACUGGCCCUUGCUGACCCCCGGGGCCCUGGCUGCGGGCAUGUCUAUGGCCUUGGCCGCCUCUGCCAGCUCCCUGGGCUGUUAUGCCCUCUGUGGCCAGCUGCUGCUUCUGCCUUCACCACCUGCACAUGCCUGCAAUCGGGGGCUGAGCCUGGAAGGGCUGGGCAGCAUGUUGGCUGGGCUGCUGGGGAGUCCUCUGGGUGCUGCCUCCAGCUUCCCCAAUCUGGGCACAGGGAGCCUCUGUCAGGCUGGAUCUCGGCGAGUGGCCUAUUUGACCGGGCUGCUCUCUGUGGUGCUUGGGCUGUCCCCAAGAGUGACUCAGCUCCUUGCCACCAUGCCACUGCCUGUGCUCGGUGGGGUGCUGGGUGUGACCCAGGCUGCGGUUCUGUCUACCGGCUUCUCCAGCUUCCACUUGGCUGACACUGACUCUGGCCGAAACAUCUUCAACGUGGGCUUCUCCGUCUUCAUGGCCUUGUUGCUGCCCCGGUGGCUUCGGGAAACUCCAGCGACACCGAGCACAGGUUGGAGCCCUGUGGAUGUGUUCCUGCGCUCUCUGCUCAGAGAGCCCAUCUUCCUGGCUGCACUGUUGGGCUUCCUCCUAGAAAACACCGUUCCUGGCACACGGCAUGAGCGAGGCCUCGAUCAAGGGCUGGCACCCUCUUCCACUGCCCCAGGGGCCUGGCUGCCUCGGAAAUCCAGGGAGAAGGCUGCUGCAGAAUACACGCUUCCCUUUCCCACCCCAAACCUGUGUGCCUGUGUCCCCCAGCCCCUGCGCCACUGCCUCUGCCCACAGCCUGGAGACCAGCCUGGGAACGAGGAAGGCGGGACUUCUGAGCCAGGAGAGACAGCUGAUUUGUUAUCUGGUUUGGGAGAGCAGUACUACCUUGGGCCUAACAGAGAACCGAGGUCCCAGUAAUUAUCCAUGUUCAUACUUUUGCUGUUGCUGGUUUAGCUCUGUCUCCCAGUUUCCUGGUCAGAUCCGGGGCUCUCGCUUCUCCUACAAGAUUGUGGAGUGUGUCUGGGUGCCUGCCUUCCUAAAAGUUCCAUUUCCCCUCUAGGUGUGUUACCUUUCUACCUCUUACUGAGGUCUGAAUAUUCCAGAGCUAGACACAUGGUUUAGAGGGCCCUGAAAGAAUGAAUGUGAUUUUGGCAUGUGAACUAACACUAACUUAAAAAAAAUUUUUUUUUAAUACCAGAGCACCACUCGGCUCUGGCUUAUUGUCGUGCAGGUGACUGAACUUGGGACCUCAGGGCUGCAGGCACAAGAGUCUGUUUGCUAUUAUGCCAUCUCCCCCAAUCUAUUGCUAGCACUUGAACCCUAGUAUGCACUUAAUAAAUAUUGUCUUUCGUGUCCUUGUGUAAUGGCCCUGGAACUGUGGUGAGAAGUAGGGUUUCUGCCUCUUCCAAGGCACUUUUGUUUUAAAACAGUUCUGAGGGCACCCAGGGGGAGUUAAGUAGUUAGAAUACAGGCCUCACCUUACACAGUGCCCUAGCUUCAAUACUUGGUACCACAUGGGAGCACCAUGGACAGCACCCAGGGAGGGACUACUGUGCGUUUGUAUUUCUCCCUUUCUCCUUUCUGUCUCUCCCUCCUCUCUUAUUCUAGGGAUGGAAUAGUAAAAAUACAGGCAGAGAGUGACCACUCAGUGAUACCACACAUACAACAAGGUCCUCAGUUCAUUUGCCAGGGCUGAAUAAAAAAGACUUAACUACUAUCUAAAAUCCAAAACCCAAGGCAGUCUGUAAUAAAGAUUUAAACAAACUUUAAAAUAAAGAUUGUUGGUAGCAAAAAAGAAGAAAAAGCUCAUUAUAGGGCUGGGGAGAGAACAGAAUGGUUGAAGAAAAGAAUUUCCUGCCUAAGGCUCUGCAGCUCCAGUUCAGCCCCCGGCAGCACCACCACAGGCUAGAGCUGAACAGUAUUUUUUUUAAAUUUAUUUUUUGCUAUUUGGGACAGUGGGAAAGCACUAAAAUUGACCUUGACAAGUGAGCAGGCUUCUGGGUUGUGAAAAGUGGCUGGAAAGAAUUCUUCAGGUACAGAGAGAGCUCCAGCUCAAACAAAAUCAUGAACUGUACACAGCACUAAAGGAGCUGAGCGAUUUCAAGCUUCUCAGUGGGAAUGGAGUAGAAGAAGUAUGAGGGUGGAUGUUUGGGAAAUGAGGCAGAAGAUAAAGAACGAGGUCAGUGGCUGGGGCGGCUCAGUGGGAAGAGGCCACGAUCACUGGCAUUGCAUGAGCCAGGGUGGUGCUUUAGUCUCUCUCUCCCCCCUCCUCCUGCAACUACUACUAUUGCACUGAGCAUCUUUCUCUUAUAACAGUUCUGGGGUUUAUUUAUUGUUAAUCAGAGGGAGAGAACCAGAGUAUCACUCUAGCACAUGCAAUGCAGGGGAUCAAACUCAGGACUUUGUGCUGAGAGUUCAACACUUUACCACUGUGAGGAGCACUUUCACACUGAAGCUCUCUCUCAAAGAUUUAUUAGUUAAUGAGAGAGUGGGGAGAGAGAAAGAACACAAGAGCAAUACUCUGGCACAUACAAUGCUAGGGGUCAAACUCAGUAUCUCAUGCUUGAGACUCCAAUAUUUUAUCCACCUUUACCACCCCCAGCUGCUAUUGCUUUUUUUUUUUUUUAUUAACAGUUUACCGCCAACUAUUCUUUAAAAACAUAUUUUUAUUCAUUUACUAGUUCUUUUACCUAUUUAAUGAGACAUUAUGAGACACAGAACGAGAACAUCAUUUUGGCACACGCGAUGCCAGGGACUGAACUCAGGACCCCGUGUUUGAGAGUCCAAUGCUUUAUCCACUGCACCACCUCUCAGAACGCCUCUUUACUCUUUAUAUCUUUAUUGGGAGAUUAAUGUUUUACAGUCGACAGCAAGUACACUAGUUUGAACGUGCAUAACAUUUCUCAGUUUUCCAUAUAACAAUGCAACCGCCACUAGGUCCUC